AAGUGUUUCGAGCGGCUUCCUCAAUUUAGUGCUGCGGCAUUGCGAGCCCACGUUCGAUUAUUCAAACGAUCGGUCGCGUUUUUUUUCCUCUUUGUUCGAUCGACAUUUGUGACGGUUAAAUUACGAAUUACGAAUUAUUAGCCUCCUGUAAGGGCGCCUUUUCACGGAUCAUUAGGUGAAACCCCAGUUCGGUGAUUGUCGCCCGGUUCGACAUUGUUGCAGUUUACGAACGUCGAGUGUGUGUAUUUCGUGUGUCAUCACAGAAACCGUGAAUUCGUUAUAGUUUACCGUGACGUCAUUAGGUUGCAACGUGACGUCGUGUCUGUGGCAACGCACUGUGGAAGUGUUAGUUUUGAAUAUUGGUGUGUGGGUGAAGAAUACAGUUACUUCCUGCUUCUUUUAACCACUGACAACGAAUCGAUGUGCUAUUGGCCUGCAGCACCCAAAGAUCUACAGUACUUGCCGUUUAAUUUGCUAAAUUGGACCGAUCCAUCACUUGGCAGCAAAUAUAUUGCCAAAUCGAAACCCUUGACGAGCUGAAAGCUGCGGUUCGUUCCUUUUCUUUCUUUCCACCUCCUACCGAGCAGUAACAGCCCAAGGACGUCCCAAGAUGUGGUGGAGAUUCAUUUCCGAAAUUACCAACGAGUACAAAAUCCUCCGGGGAAUGAUCUCGUACUCUGCCCUGUGGCCGCUUGGUUGCAUUCUUCAGCAGACUUUUGAGGGAAAACGUUGGCACAAUUACGACUGGCAGCGAUGCUUGAGAUACAGCCUGUACGGCACCUUCGUUUCCGCACCGAUGCUGUACACGUGGAUGCGGGUCGCCAACAUCAUGUGGCCCCGCACAGACUUCCGGUCGUCGCUGGCCAAGGCAUUCACCGAGCAGGCCGCAUACGAUCCGUUCGCGAUCGUGUUCUUCUUCUACGGCAUGAGCAUUCUGGAGCGCAAAAGCCAACACCAGGCCGCCGAAGAGGCCCAGUCCAAAUUUUGGGACACCUACAAGGUUGGCUUCUUCUACUGGCCAUGCGUGCAAACGUUCAACUUUUCAAUGGUGCCUCCCAAGAAUCAGAUUGUGGUAGCUGGAUUCUUCAGCCUGAUUUGGACGACCUUUUUGGCCUACGUGAAAACCAUGGCCAAGGAGGAGGAACACCACCCGAUGGCGCAUCACGUGGCACAUCACCCCCAGGAAUGGAAUGGCUCUAAGCAGUUGGUUUCAAAAUAGUCAAGAGAAUCGAUUUUAGACAAUCGUAGCUCACCAGUUUUGUGAUAGAGUACUCUAAAAAGAGUAUAUUUAUAGUAUUGGAUUAAAUUAUUUGCUACUUUUUAA